AUGUCUAGAGAUAGAGAUCCUCUUGUGCUUGGUCAAGUGAUUGGUGAUGUGAUUGAUCCAUUUGUGAAGUUAGCAAGCAUGAGAGUUGUGUAUGGUGGUAGAGAGAUCACUAAUGGUACUGGUUUGAGGUCUUCAUCAGUGGCUGAUCAACCUUGGGUUGAUAUCCAAGGAUUCAAUUGUGGUUCUGAUCUCUACACAUUAGUGAUGGUAGACCCUGAUGCACCAAGUCCAACUAAUCCAACUGAGCAAGAGUACCUACUCUGGUUGGUGACAGACAUCCCAGAAGCUUCAGAUAUAAGAUAUGGGAAUGAAAUAGUGAGGUAUGAAUGCCCAAGAGCAGUGACAGGAAUACACCGUAUUGUGUUUGUGUUGUUCCGGCAACACGUUCAACAAAGAGUAGAGAGACCUGGAUGGCGCCAAAACUUCAACACUAGAGAUUUUGGAUUGUAUUAUGAUCUUGGCCCUCCUGUUGCUGCUUUGUACUUCAACUGCCAAAGAGAGCAUGGAUGUGGCGGUAGAAGGUUCUAAAGCGUGUACAAAAGCAAUUCAAUAAUUGAAGAAUAAAG